GACGUCAUCGACAAUCGAAGGACCCCGAGUCGAUCCUGCACCCGAGCAGGUCCUGUACCGACAGCGGUCCUUCCUACCCGUACAGCAUCAGUUCUUUUAAUGUAUCUCCCGGUUUGGUUAACUCCGGGUCUUAAGUUUAAUAUAACUACAGCGUUUGUCGCUCGUCGUUGUCCGCUUGACGGCCCACCGAGCUCCCUGGGCGAGGGCCGGAGACUGGCGGUAGGAGCCCAGCUGUUAACCAGCGGUAGCCACGGUAACUAGCACCGAACUUCAGGCAAGUGCUUGAACAAGUGGCCGCUGUCGUUGCGCCAUUAAAAACAUGGAGGCAGGCCGAGUGGCCAUAUGGCCACGUAUGGAGCCUUUCCUACUGGGUGCCCUGCAGGUGGCGCCUUCCUCCAAACUCGGCCUUCCCUACCUUCGUAAAAUGGCGAUCUACGUGCAAACGCGGGAUGGCUGCUUCCCUGUUCUGAGCUGGCCCAGGUGGAAACGCAUUGCCUGUGGAAAGCUGCUGCUUCCAGAAGAUGUGGCUUGGCUCUACUUUGAGACCUUUGACCUUUUAGUGGAUCACCGUCCACAACAGAGGCUAGAGUGGGCUGAGCGUCUAUCCCAGUGCUCCUCCAAAAGCGAGCUGGACCAUGCAAGGAACAUGUUGUCGGUGGACACGCUGCAGUUCCUCCUCUUCCUCUACAUCCAGCAGCUGAACCGCAUGUCUCUGCGCACAUCUCUGAUUGGUGAAGAGUGGCCCAGCCAUCGUGCUCGUUCCCCUUCCCCAUCAGAACGAGAGGCCAAAAUCAGUUAUCAGAACAGGAACUGGGACGACCAAGCCCAUCUGUCAUUCAUGCAAAGUCACCUGGCUGAGAUUUUGGAGCUGUUAGCGGAACCUGGUCAACUUUCACCGUCAGGGCAGGCCCAGAGAGACAGCCAGCAGAUAUCCCGGGAAGCUGUACGGAGUUUGGGUCUGCUUUUGGAAGGUGCAGCUGACCACGGGAAACCAGUUCAGCCUGUCCACCGGCUUUUGGUCAAAGGUCCCCUCCAAACACAAGCUGGUUACUCCACUCAGAGCCGCUCCUUCCCCCUGCGCAAGCUCCUCUCCUGUCUCCAACGCUGCCUCACACUCAUUCCUUUUGGAAUAACUGCCUGCCUCAACUCAGGAAAGAAACAAAUCUGGUCUCAACAAGUGGAAGGGGCCAUGAAGAGAGCCAUGAUAGCCAGGAACACCCACAUGGCUCCAGCUGGCAGUAAAAUGGUGCUUAUGUCCCAAGUCUUUAAACAAACUCUGGCUGAGACGUCAGAUAAGCUAACUGGUGCCAACAUCAAAAUCCACAAGUGUUCUGAAGCGUUCAUCUACCUCCUCUCUCCUCUCAGGUCUGUCAAUGUGGACAAAUGUCGAGAUAGUACCGUGGUUCUUGGUCCUGUCCAGACCUGUGUCCAUGUCCAUAGCUGCCAGAAUGUACGCGUGGUGUGUGCAGCUGGCAGGGUUGCAAUUGGAGCCUCCUCACACUGCACCAUCCAUGCCAUGACCCCCACCCGCCCACAGCUUUUGCCUGGGAACACAGACAUCACCCUGGGUCCUUUUCAUACUUUUUACCCUUCCUUGGAGGACCACAUGGCCAGCGUGGGUCUCGCUGUAGUCCCUAAUGUCUGGGAUCAGCCAUUAAUUUUGGGGACAGAUGGCCUCGUCAGUUCCUCAAACAACUCGCCAUCCAGCCAGGACACCACACACAAACUGCUGCCCCCAUCUGAGUUUCAUACACUGUCUGUGCCUUUCCAGAUGGAAGGCGAUACAUGUGAAGUACCUGGAGGAUUGCCUCCUGCGUACCAGGCAGCGCUGGAUGAAAAGCAAAAGAGAAUACAGAGCUGGCAGAAAACCGUGAUGGAGGCCCGGCUGAACAAGGAGCAGAAGAGACAGUUUCAGGAGCUGGUGGAGUUGAAGUUUCACGAGUGGCUUCUGGACACUGGGCACCGGCAGGAACUUUACAGCCUCAUCCCACCUGCAGUCACGUCUCUGGAGGACCCUAAAGAAGCAGCAACAGACCGUAUCAGAGUUAAAGACAGGAAGCAUAGCAGGACUGCCCCAGAGGAGGGAUAGCCACUCAUGGCUUCUUAAAGCUUUGACGUGACGUGUUCUCUAGCAGGAUGAUUGUACCUGGUACCCGAGGCAGCGUGGUUCCGUGGACAGUUUGCUGUUGGGAUUUGUAUCGAAGCAGAACAGUACAUGAGAGUGAAGAAGCCCCUCUGCCGAACUUAGUUCUCCUUUUUUGCAUAAGAAAGAAAAUACGAUGACAUUUAAGAUUUUUUUUGACUUAUAUAUGUUAUGUACUAAAUAAAGUUUAUAUUUAAAAUAACAGA